AUGCAAGGGAUGGCACUAGCAAUCCAGCAUUGCAACUUGCCGAUCAUUGUUCAAUCUGAUUCUGUCCAAGCUCUUUUGUCUAUGACCGGUGAAAGUCUGUCCCGGUCGGCGUAUGGUCAUUUAGUUGCUGAGAUUCGUCUUCUUUUGGGUGAAAGAGAGUUUGUUCCUUUGAAAAUUAAGCACGAACAUAAUAGGAUAGUAGAUUGUUUGGCUGUGUAUAGUCGUACAGAAAGAACUACUGCUGUAUGGCUUGGACAGGGCCCUCCUUGCAUUGAGGAGCUUUUGCCACUUGAUUGUAACCCUAUGAAUAUGGAAUAA